UUUAAUUAUGAUGUGCAAUAAAACCAAAGUUGCAGCAGCAAAGAGACAUGUUUGUUAAUAGCGAGUACAUUAUUCUGAAUUCUUGGUUAAACAUACAUUUUGUGAGAUAAGAUAAAGAGCUGGCAGUUCUCACUAUAAUAGUUAAAAACUAGAUAAUGUAGAGGGAAUUUGCUGAAAAUUUCAGUCAAAUUGAUCCACUCUGAACCGAGAAUUUAGCGAUUGAUUUUUAGGCCUAGCCUCGAUUAUCAUUACUAUAGUCGGUACGAUAAAAAACAUCCAUUUUUUGAUUUAAUCAUCAAUGAGCAUUAAGCAGCAGAUCCGAUUCCAAUCCAGUAAAUAUUUAUUUAAGGCUUGGUAUAUAUAUAAAUAUUGUGGUGUAAUGGUCUAGAUAUUUGGAGAUAUUUAUUUAUGGUGGUUGUCUUACACAUGGUAAUAACACAAUCCAAAUAAAUGUACACUUUUUAAAUCCAUACCAAUUAAAGAUACAUUAUGUAAGAUUUAGAUAAAGAGCUGGCCGUUCUUGCCAUAAUAGUUCAAAAAUAGAUACGGCUUAAUGAAUAUAUUGAAAAUUUCAUUUAUAUUAGUUUAUUCUAAGCCAAGUUAUCACUGUUUGUACUUUUGAUAAGAUGUGUGCAUUGAUUGUUCAAUAUCAUAACCACGGUACUGGUAUAUUCAAGACUUAGACUAGCUCCUCCAUUUUCAUAGGUCCACAUUCAUAAUGGAUAAUAGGGUUGUACCUAUUUACAUUUUGUCUGUAAAUGAUAUACCGGUUGCAGUUAUUAACAGAUUUUGACCCAGUUUGGCAUGAUCCAUCAUAGGGUUGUACCUAUUAAUAUUGGUAUAUUGCUCUUGUUUGUUUGUCAUCUACAGGCUGCAGUUCUUAGCAGAUCCUUUUGACACUUUGCAUAGUUAUUCCUUAUACCUUAAGGAUCACCCCAAUUGUUUUUGGUGCAUGCCUAACCCCAAGGGGCAGAGCCACACCCAUUUUCUUUUUGUGUGUGUCACCUACAGGCAACGGUUCUUAAUGAAUUGUCUGAAAACUUUUCAUACUUAUUCCUAAUACCCUAAGGAUGACCUCUUUUAUAUUCGGUGCAUGCCCAACCCCCUGGGACAGGGGGUGUCUGUGUCUGUGUAUCGCCUAACAGAUUCUUUUAAAACUUUGCAUACCUAUCACUUAUACCCUAAGGAUGAUCCCUAUUGUAUUUGGUGAAUGCCCGAUCCCAAGGGACAAGCCACACCCACUUUUCUUAAUGGAUCGUCUUGGAAUUUGGUAUAUUUAUUCCUUACAGCCUAAAGACGCCAACUAUUGAUUUUAGUGCAUGUGCCGACCCAAGGGGCAGAGCCAAGCCCAAUUUUGGUGUUUAUCAUAAUAAUAAUAUACUGACCACAAUUCUGAAUGGAUCAGCUUGGACUUGGCAUAUGUAUUCCUUAUAGCCUAAUGGCGGCAACUAUUGAUUUGGUGCCUGUCACGACCCCCAGGAUCCUGUAUUAAAUAAUGACUUCAAUUGAUUUACAGCAGUCUUUUAAUCUUUUUCAGGCAACUCAGCACUUAAAAUUAUCCAAGAAAUGGUUAGCUAAUAUGGUUGAUGCAAGGAUAGUUUGAACAAAUGGAAGAUAAAUCUUAUACGAGUAUAAAACACAUAGAAGAAUUUGCUGAAAAAGGUGUCUGCCCUAUGAACUAUCUUCUCUUACAAUGUUUAGGUGUUGAGAAUAUACAUGCUGACCAUGCAGCUAGUCAUAUAGGUAAAGCCCAGAGUAUAGUCACUUUAUUGAGGGCUGCCCCAUUUCAUGCUGGUAAAAAGAAAGUUUAUCUACCAAUGGAUUUAUUAAUAAAGAAUAAAGUAUCUCAAGAAAGUGUAAUUCGUGGUAAAACUGACCAGCCUAUUAAAGAUGUUGUAUAUGAAACUGCUAGUAUAGCUCAUCAUCAUUUAAAACAUGCAAGAUCUUUUAAAUCUGAUGUUCCUAAAGAGGCUUGUGUAGCUUUUCUAUCUACAGUAUCUUGUGAGUGGUAUUUAAAACAAUUACAAACAGCUGACUUUAAUAUAUUUGACUCAAGACUUCAAAGAAGAAACAACCUAUUACCUCUUAGGCUAUGGUUACAAAAGAGGAAAAAGACAUAUUAGUAACCUCAUAAUAAAUUAAUUAAAAAAAAUCAAUAAAAUUGGAAGGAAAAAGAAAUUGUUUAAUAAAAAAAUUGUGAAUAUACAUAUUUAUAUUGAUACUACUACAUAAGCAUUUAUAUCAAUUUGGAUUUCUGUGUUUGUGUGUCACUGUGUCAUUGUAUAGUUUGUGUCUAGUCAUAGGCGUAUGAGCCGGGUUGGGGGGGGGGGGCAGCUGCCUCCUAACUUUCGGGCAGACGGGUAAAGUGAAAACAAAAAUUAUUAUUUAAUUGAAUACCACAAAUUUGUACUGAAUUGACUCUGGACCCACUGUGCUUUGUGCAUCAAUUAUUAUUUGUGAAUGCUGCUGCAACAGUCCGAUUGGAUGGUUGGAAUUCAGGUUGGCAUAGAGUGGGAUUUCAGUUGUAAAAUGAUUGGAAACUUCGAAGUUGCUUAACUCACGGGCUAGAUUAGCAGAAAACGCAUUUGUGGCGGUUAUACUUUCAAAAUGGAUUGGUUGAUGGAUUGGUUGUUUGGGAUUCAGGUCGGCCACCUAAGGUAUAGGCUAUAUUGGACCACAUUGAAGUUGCUGUAUUCACGGGCUGGAAUAGCAGGAAAACGCGUUUGCAGCAGUCAAAUUUUCAAAAUUUUCUCCCGACUGUCCCGUCUCCGUUGACUGUAAACGAUUGAUUGAUUGAAUGAAAUUCGAGUCAGUCACCUAACUUAGGCUAUAUUAGACCACUUGAUUUGCUGUCUUCCCGGGCUUUGGGGUGGGGGGUGGGUGCUGAUGGUAAACUCUGUCUGUAACUCGUGGUUUUUUCGGGCUUUUCAGGAUUUGCCCCCGUAACAUACAUCGAGCUGGUACGCCUAAGUGUCUAGUAUAAAGGUUAUUUUGCUGAUACUAUGCUAAAAAAGUGAGUAUCGCCUGUGAUAUAGGUGGAAAUGGUUAUCUUGCUGAUACUAUGCUGAAAUAGUGAGUGUAUUAUCACCUGUGGUGAUAUAGGUGAAAUGGCUAAAACAUGGUCAGUCGAUCAUUAAAUUUUUGUACUGACAGGUUUAUUACCGAAUACUACAAAAUACUACCUCAUUGUGAUUAAAAACUGACAGAUAACAUAAAUUAUUUCAAUACGAAUAGUUUUUUGCUGGAAUUAGCAAAAUUGUAGUUGGGUAAACUGGGAUGUCUUAUUUCUAGCAGGCCUAUCUAGUCGAGCAUCUGAAACACUAACCCAAUAUUACCAAAACAAAAUCCAAAUGCUAUAAGAUACAACCACACACUACCCUAUUAUUAUUCAAAACUGACAGAAAUUUUCAGUUAUUUCUAUAUCAAUGAGCUAAUUCUUGUACUAAAGUUUCAAGUGGUCUUUUUGAUAUUAAAUUAUAUUUCUUUAUUAGGCCUACUAUAUUUGGGCAUUUGAAAAAUUUGAAUCACACAUUUUUAUUAACAAAUAUAUUAAACAUACAUUAUGCAAGAGCUAAAUCUGCCUUGUGCAGGUCUUUCUUUAGGCAUGAAAUGUUAUAUAAACUAGUAAUUAGACAUUUAUUAACAAAACAAGACCAUAAUCGACUCUCGAUGGCAUCAGAUACUCGAGAUUUUAACUAGAUUGAAACGGUUCGCCAUUUAAAAAUUUAAUUUAAAAAUGGGAAAGUGAGGUUAAGUCCCAAUUAUACCAGUGCUCUGAUUACCACUGUGCACACAUCUUGUCAAAACUACAAUGAUAACUUGGCUGAGAAUGAAGUAAUUUGAAUGAAAUUUUCAAUAUUUUCUUGUUUUAUCAUCUAUUUUUGAAUUAUUAUAGCAAGAAUGACCAACUCUUUAUUAAACUCUUAACUAAUGUAU